AUGAGCCGCAGCAGCAACAGCAGAGUAUGCGCAUAUUCAGCAGCAGCAGCAGCAACAGCAGCAGCAACGGCAGCAGCAACAGCAACAGCAGCAGCAGCAGCAGCAACACCAGCAAUAGCAGCAGCAGCAGCAACAGCAGCACCAGCAUCAGCAACAGCAGCAGCAACACCAACAGCAGCACCAGCAUCAGCAACAGCAGCAGCAACACCAACAGCAGCAACAGCCGCAACAGCAGCAGCAACAGCAGCAGCAGCAGCAGCGGGAGGCUGUGCGUACAGUGAGCAGCAGCAGCAGCAGGUCUGUGUCUGCUGCAUCCUGUGGCUGCUGCAGCGACUCCAGGCCGCAUGCACGCAGCAGCAGCAGCAGCGGGGGGUGCUGCCCCUCAAGAAGAGAAACAGCAGCAAGAGCUAA